CAAAAGGCACGUGGGGUUUGGGUAAGGUUUUGCAGCCAUUUGAUGUUGGGCUCAUCUCUCACACAUGAUGUAAAUUUUGUAACCCAUUCUGAGCCACAUUUAAAACACACGAGUGUUUAGGGAAGUGGAUGGGAAUGCUCUUAUUUUUACGUUUUCAAACUAAAUUUUUUAUUGGAUCUGAGUUGUCUUAACCCUUCGGCUGUGAUGAUGAGACAAUCCGAACAUGGUGAUAAAAUACUUUGGCACACACCUCCAUGGCAUGGUAACCCGGAUGGCCGAUAAAUAGUGGCAACCGGUUGUUGCAACCAUGCAAGUAUAUGUGCCAAGUGUGUCGUCAUACGUUGCCAUAUGAUUCCUGAGCCGGCUACAAAAAUCACUUGCAAAUUUAGUUCUUAAUUUUCUAACAUGUGUAUUACAUGUUUUAUGUUUACAAAUUUUUAGAGAUGGACUCAGGAGAGCAUGAAAAUAUGUUCUUCACUAGCCUCCUGACUCAGGAGCCUGAACUUGACCACAUUUAUGUUGGUCAAGGUGAACAACAUCCAGUGACUUUGGAUGACUCUCCACCCCCGCCCCAAGUAGAUCCUCCCCCCUCUCAAAGAAAAUCAGCCAGGGGUGCAAACUUCACCCCCGAGGAAGACAAGUUACUUGUCUCCGCAUGGCUGAAUAGUAGCAUUGAUGCCAUCCAAGGAACGGACCAAAAACACGCCCAACUUUGGGAAAAAGUUAGUCAAUACUUCAAUGAUUAUAAAGAAAGUACAAAUGAGCGAAGUGUUGGGUCCUUAAUACAUCGGUGGUCUGCCAUUCAAAAGGCGACGAACAAAUUUUGUGCUAAACUCGCCCAAGUUGAAGGGCUGAAUCAAAGUGGCAUGACUGAGCAAGACAAGUUUGACAAAGCGAAGGUCAUGUACCAAUCGCUUGAGAAAACAACCUUUCAGUUCGAGCAUUGUUGGCAGCUAUUGAAAGACCAGCCGAAAUGGAAUCAGCGUUGCACAAAAGACGGGACAAAGCGAAGGUCGACGAUGUCCCCUACAUAUUCGCGUACAUCAUCCAUGGCAACUAAUUCACCCAUUGAUUCAGUGGGUGGUACAGAGGGCGAGAAUAUGGAAACUAAUGAUUUCAUCGAUUUGGAUAGGCCAAUAGGAAGAAAAGCUGAGAAAGGAAAACGUAAGGCCCAAGGCAGAGCCUCAGAAGAGCUUGUGGAGCUCAGCAAGAAAAGGUAUACUCUCCUAGAGGAGUCACGUGCUCAGGAGAAAGAAUUUUUCCGACUCAAGGCGGAGAAGAUGGCAUAUGAACGAGAAAUGGAGGAAAAUAAAACUAGACAAGAGGAUGAGAGAUUGAGGUUGGAGGCGGAGAAACUGGAAAUCGCCCGGUUGGAGAGAGAGGAGCGCAUAAUGUUGCUCGAUGUGAGUACGUUAAAUGAAGUUCAGCAAGUAUAUUUCCAGCAACUUCAAAGAGAGAUAUUGGCGCGACGCACUACAUCCUCAGAUUAA